UUGAUUAGACGGCUACCACAAAUGCACGAAGUUAACGUUGAAAAUAAUUGUAAACUAUUAUCGUUUAUGUUUAUGUGAUUUAGAAUGUUAAACAUAAAAUGGUUUUAACAUAACAAAGUGAAUACGGUAUCUUUUUCAUUUAUUGGGACAAUGUAUUGGUUUGCUAAAUAUAGACUCAAUAAAGGAUAUUGUUAAAUACAGUCCACCGUAUAUGUCAAUUUCAGUAAUAUCAAAAUGGUGAAGACGUGACGCCUGCAUAUAAUGGGACUGAGUGCACGUGCAUUUUGAGGAUAAUUUAUUUUAGAGGAACAGAAGAACACCAGAAACCAUGGCUCAUGUAGUGCGUGGAGCACAAAAUACGCUUAUCAACAUGGAGAGGCGACAACAUUUUCAGAGAGCUAUGGAGCUCAAUAUGAGUAUAGGUUCAGAUACUAUGAGAGAUCUAAUUAAGGGAUAUCUAGAUAAAAAGGGUUUAACACUGAAAGAACAUCUUAACGAAGACUUUGUAAAAGAAAAGCUGAAACUGUACAAAAAGUUAUGCGCAGAAAAUUUUCAUACACUGUGUUCAGGUGAUCCUAGCUUAGAGCAAAUGGAUGUAUCGGUACUGACAGUUCUUAUUCUGAAUACGUUUCCGACUCAGUUAUCAUCAGACAAUAGAAAGAGGGUUAAGGGUUUGAGAGACAUGCGAAACAAACUUGCUCAUGUGGUUAAAGCAGAGUUAGAUGAUGACACUCUCUUUAAGGAAUCUUUUCAGAUGAUUGUAGGCUUGGCGAAGGAAAUUGGGCCAAAAAAUGAUUACGCUUUUUCAUUGAUUAAAACAAUAAAUGAACUUCGUAAAAGAGAACUAGUUAACUGCCGCAGUAAUUUAGAGCGGGUAAUAAUUAACAAUGAAAUGUUUGUUAUCAAAAUGGUUGAAUCGUCCGAAAAGGAUAGUGUAGAUGCAGACGAGACGAUGAUAAAGAUUGGAUUGACGAAGUGGGUGCGGCAACUUUCAAGGGGGUUAAACGUAGGUGUGUUCAUUAGAGAGCUAAAAGACAAAGGAGUGAUAAAUGACACACUGAAACGCCAAAUUGAGGAAAAUUAUUCCUACGAAGAACAAAUGCAGGUUCUCAUUCUGCACAUGUUAAAUGAAACAAGAUUCAACCUAUGCGAAUUGUGCCGUUGCCUGAGAAGUAUUGCCCCAAGAUUAGCUGAUCUGAUAGAAAACACAAACACCGAUGGAAAGGAAAUAGAGAAGUAUUUGGAAGAUUACGAAAAACAAAACGUAGCUCGAAUACUAAAAGAAACUUUUGUGGAGGCUGAAGAUCAUUCAGUAUCAACAGAUCGAGUACAUAUCAUCGUUGAGCAAAAGAUUGAAUUGGUACUGGAUUUUAUUAAGAUAAGAAGUUGUGUUCUGGAAUGCUUUUCAACCGUAAGACACAUGGAGAAUGAUGGCAGUUUUGCUGGUUUGACCUGGAAGACAUUGGAGUCGCCAGUGGAAGAGACAUUAGCAGAAGAGAAUAUGGAUCAGACAGGUAUUUCUGAAAUGACUUGUGAGGAUUUUGCAAAUUACGUCGCCGAAACCCUGUCAAAAGUUAAAGUCAGUUUAUAUGACCCUUUCAAGAAAGCAUUUUUGAAUGAAAGUAUCUCACCAAAAGCCUUUGUUGACAUGACAAAAGAUGAAAUGAAAGAAACAUUUCAGCCCUACCUAGAGGCGACUAAAUUUGGCAUUGGUCUACAGAAAGAGUUGAGUCUUAUUCAAAGACAAAUAAAGAAUGAGAACAUUACCAUAAAUUCUGAUAACAUCGGACUAUUACGCCCAUUUGAUACGCCCUGUGGAAAUUUAACUUACAGCAAGUGUAAUGUCCGGCCAGAUACUGGAAACCUUCUUGUUCCAAAGCAUGAAUUUAGAUUUCUGCCUUCCAAUAAUCAGUAUACACGAUACUAUGUAGCGAAAGAGAUUGUUAAAUUUGCAGCCGCCUCUAUCAAUGGACGAAAAAAUGGAACCAUACAUUUUGGAAUAAAGCCUUUGAAAUGCCAGAUAGGUCAGAUAAUCGGAAUUGCUUCGAACAACGAAUGUAUCAAAUGUUUGAAUGACGAAAUAGCACGGUCAGUUGAAGUAUGUUUCAAAGAGUAUGCAUCAGUUGUAUUUAGAUGCAUUCGCCCUGUACAAAUAAUUCCAAUCGAAAAUGGAAGAGUUGUUAUUGAAGUUGAUGUAGUUCCAUUUUCAAAACAUAUUAGUAGUCAGUUGUUGUCGAUGGACUUCCCUCCGAAAGGUUACCAGCAUCGACAAUGUUUCGUUUUUGGUGUAAAACCAGAUUGGCAAAUAUUACCAAUAGCUGCAAACAAAGUGAAACAAGUUGAAGAGGUGUACACAAAGGUUUUACAGGAACGGGCACUUCUAGAAGAGGCAAAUGAUCAAUCUGGUGACAAACGAGUUCGUCUUAGAAAAAAUCUUGUGAAAAUGCUGACGGGAGGGAAUAAAUACAUCACUGACGAGUUUGUUCCAAUAAUUGUGUCUGGAAAUAUAACAGGAUUAUCAAAAGAAGAAACUCUGAGGAAGGAGUUAGACAUGAAACGUGCAUUUAAAUCCGCAAAAUUGGUUCUGGACUUUGACAGUUCCGUCAAACUACGAAGUAAAGUCGAAGACGAUCAAAUGCUCUUCACUGUAAAAACAGCGGAGGACCUGACACUUCAGGCAGAUCUUUCCCAUACAAGUCCUACAUGGGUUUAUUGCAAUGGAAAUGAGGAAUUGUCAAAGGAAAACAUGACGAUGGAAAAUUGGCUGGAAGAAAGAUCCGAUGGUGUUAAGAAUGCUUUAGAUGUUAUGAAAAAACUUAUUCCGAAGACAAGGGCGAAGGUUGUUUUCCUUUUGUUUCAAGCUAAUUCGACUGAAAGAGAUCCAAUUCACGAAGCUGCUAGAAUGUCUAUUCUGUCCUCAUUUAGAAAUCAGUGCAUUGUCAUUGCUGAAAAUGAUGAGAUUAUCAAAGAUCUGAAAAAAGAGUUGGUAGGUACAGUUGGUGAAAGGAAAAUUGAUAACUUCUUUCACACCGGAUUGGCAUGGGAUGAAAUUUCUCAGUUGUUGAACAGCGUUUGUAGAAGAAAUCCUGACGUUGUAUGCAAGUUACCACGUUGUGAUGGACAUUUUGCGGAAAUGACGAAAAAAGAAAGAGAAGAGCUGAAGUUUACUGAUAUUGAUAUCCUUAGUGGGGAAGAAUGCAUAGAUGAAGAGUCGAAAAUGCCUGAUCAAGAAAGAAAGGUAAAUAGAAAUGAGAUACAAGAGCGAUUUUAUCGUGGUGGUCAAUGUUCAUGGUGGAAUUUUUACUAUCAGACACAUGUUGGUAAAAGGGACCUAUUUGAUCGCCACAAAGGUGAUAUAAAUGAAAAGUUGACAGGUAACAAGGGAGAAGCUUUGAUAGAAAUACACGACAUAGAACAUCACCCUGGUGCUGGUGGUAGCACUUUAGGGAGACAUUUACUUUGGCACUUCAGCCAGUUUAAACAAACUCCGGAAAAGGCUUACCGUUGCUGUGCUGUAAGGAAUACAAGCGUAAUUGAAGACACUAUAAACCAGAUCGAGAAGUUUCGGAGUUUCAAAGAUGGUGAUUGCCCAAAACCAUUCAUAGUAUUGGCAGAUAACAAAAGUGAGGAUAACGUCAUUCUGUUAAAAACAAAGCUGCAUGAGCUUGCCUACAAAACUGGUUCCCCUGGAAAGUUAUUCUGCUUGAUUUUGAUAAUCAACAGAAUGCCGAUUACACACGACGAAUCAGAAGGAAAACCUUUGUUGAAGCACAGACUGAGUACUACGGAACAGAACUGGUUUGAAAGCAAGUACAGAGAAAUGGAAAACUCAGACGACAUUGAUGUUAAAACGCUGAUAGCUUUUAAUUUCAUGAGAAAAUCAUUUGAUAUAUCGUACAUGAAAAAAACUGUUGACAGUAUUAUGCAAGGUGUAUCAAAGAAAGAAAUGAACGUAUUAAGAUGUCUUGCCCUAAUAAGCUCUUAUGAAAGCGACCACCCUGUGCCAGAAAACGUGUUUGACUACAUGAUGAAUGAACAGAUUGACACGGAACUGCUUUUUGGACAGCCUUGGGGAAUUGCUCAUUCUGUACCGGAGUUACACAAUCUUGCAAAGUUAAGAAAUGAAACGUGGAACAUGCACAUGUCAGAUGCGAUGAACCUUUUGAUAGCAAAGAAGGAGGACCAGGAUUUUUACAACAGUGGUGUUUGUCUUAUUUCACAGCUGCUUGCGAAAACAGUUCUUGAAUACAUUAAGACGAACGAAGGUUUGACAUUGGAGAGUAUUGUUGACAGCGUGUUAGAUUUAGUUGAAACGCAACAAAAAGAGACAAACCCAAUGUCAAAACGUUUUGUAAAAAUUGUCUGUAGUCUCUUUAAAACAAGACAGUUACUGGAGAGCGAGAGAGGCGAUCUAAAAGAGAAAUUUUCCGAUCUGGUUCUUGAGCUGGCCCAUUCUGUGGAAGGUGACACAGACGCUAAGUCUGGGCAAAGGGUACUGCGGGUCACACAGCGUUGUUUUGAUAUAACGGAAGAUGCAAUGGUCGGCCAGCAACUGGCCAGGUUCAAUAUACACAUAAAGGAAUUUGAAGCAGCUGAAAUUGCAAUUAAACGUUCACUUGAAAAACGUCCACAAAGCUCGUAUUUGCUAGACACAUAUGGGCAAAUAUUUAAAUCAAAAAUGGAAUUUCUGAUCGAAAGUGCUACCCAAAAUGGUAGUAAAAUUAACGACGAUGUGGGGUCAGAGAUUAUAGAUUUAGCUUUCCAGGCUAUAGAAAAGUUCACAGAAGGUCAGGAAAUUGCUGUUUCUCUAGAAGAGGACACUAACUGGGGCUGCUUCAACACAGAAGUGAAAACGGCUUUGUAUUUGCUUGAAAAGUUCGAAAAGUUUGAAUGUUUUACUACCCGUCAAGCAUUUGUCAGUUUUUUGAAUGAAGAUCAUUUUGAAGUGAACGAUUCGACACUGUUAGGCUUGAUAGCGAAAUGCCCUUCUCUUGAAAACCUGAGAUUAGGCACGCCCGCACAGUGUCAUCUAGAGACAUCACUCCGUAGUCUUGAGGAAAGAAACUACCAAGUAAAGAGACAGUUAUAUACCAUUUAUUCCGAAAAUGAAACUCUUUUGCUGAGACUCAGAGAAAGGUUCGAAAGAUUUUACGGAAGUCGAGAUAGCACUUCAAAGUACCAAUUUACAUAUGGGAUUGGCUUGAAACCACUUAUGGUAGCAAAGGAACAGAAACAAUAUCUGCUAGCACGGAGAGUCAAAGAAGCGAAAAGGAACCUUGAAACUUUUGACCAAAGACAAGCUGAUGAAAGGGAUCUUCUUGUCUACAUUGGAAACAACAUUAUAACUCUUUCAAGUCUGGUCGCAGGCAAAGACACCGAUAUGUGUAAUAUAACAGAGUAUAAGCGUCUGUUGUCUUACAGCACUCGAUUAGUUUCUAUUCAAACGACAUCUCCAAGAUCAAAGAGGCUUUACCUAGAAACAUUUCUCUAUUACGCCAUGCUUCACUGGCCUUUGAAAUCUAGAACAACAUUAGAUCUAGAUGUUCUGGCUCGACCAACAGUUUAUGAGCAACUGAUAAAGCAAUGGGAAGAUGCUUACAAUGCAAAUUUCUACAUUAAAAGUACAGAACAGUGCCGUAAAAACAGACCCAAAAAUUACUUUGCCCUAGGAAAAGGGACCCCAGGCAAUGACAUUGUUGACCUCGAGGCAAUCAGGAAGGAGUGGAUGAACAGGAAAAAGAAAUCUACUGGUCGUGUUCGCAGACCAGUGUUUGCUGAUUUCUUUUGGAGAGAAAGUUUUGUCGAAGAGAGACUAGAAAGGUUGAAUGGGACGGUCGACGGCUCUGGUCAUGUCGUUAUUCACAAGGCUGAAUACCCUCUUGGAACACACAUAUUUAGGAUCAAUACAUACUAUCCGUGCACUGCGCUGAGCAACAGAAUCGUAACAUUUGUACUCGGUUUUACAUGGAAAGGGCCAACUGCAUUUGAUGUUGAGGAAAAGGGUAAAACAACUUCACGAGGUCCGACUGGAACUGAUGAUGGGCCCAGCAGUCUGAAUUCCGAAACUGAGAAUGAAACAACACAAGCAGAUGGUGAAAAGGCAGCGAGAAAACUCUCUCAAAGCACAAGCAUGACUUAUGUUCCCACAUCAACAAAUAGAAAGUCGACGGGUGUAAAAAUCGAAAGUGAAAGCUUACCUCAGCCAAGUGGAGGUCCAACUGAAGGUGCAGACGGCAUUUGUGAAUCAGCCCAUGCUGAAGCAAAUGCCAAAUCUGAAAGCAACAGCUGUGUGCAACAGACCGUCAGAAAAUCAAGACGUCAGAGGAAAAACAAUAACAGAAAAUAAUUAAAAUGUCAUCUAGUCAUUUGUAUACAGGAUAUUGCCACUAUACUUAUGUACUGCUGUAAAACCACCUCGGUAGCCUAGUGGUAGAGCGCCUGCUUCGAGUGCGGGAGAUCGUAGGCUUAUUCCCUGGCCGCAUCAUACCAAUGAUGUAAAGAAUGGUACUAGUAGCUUUCUCGCUUGGCAUCCAGCAUUUAGAGGAGGAUAUUUUGGCGGGAUAGAACUAGGACAGGUCAGCCCAGUGCCAGUAUGAUGUGACUGGGUGGGGUAUCAUGUCACGUGUCAACGGCAUGCAGCACUAUCAAGUUGGGCAUUGCGCUUACUUCUAAAAGUAGACACAGUCAUUUGUAUGACUGAAACUUUAUUUUAAAAGACGCUGAACAUAAACACAGGAACACUUAGUGAAUUUUAGGUGUGCACGUUUAUAUAUUUUGAAAUCAUUUAAUAAAGUUGUUGUUAUUUUAUACUUGCAUGGGUACCCGAACGUGUAUGAUUUAACUCUUGAUUCUACUUAGCGUAUGAUAUGUCUAAAAUCAGAAUAUUGCAAGGUGUCCGAAAUGUUAUUGUAAAGUUUAAAACGUGUAGUUUUACAUAGAACGACCAGCUCGAUUAGAAAAUGCAUAGCGCCUUACUUGUAUGUAAUAAAAUCUGUAAGAAGAUCCUUUGGAUGCAUAGAACGCAAACAAGCAAAAAUAAUUGCGGACUCUGUUUGAUUGAGUCUGUUUACGAGAGGUAAUGAAAAGUGCAAUACCCCUCAAGCCUCGUAGCACUGGCUUAAGCGGAAUUUUGUUAUCAGUAACUAAUUCUCGUCAAAAUAUGAAAGAACUUUCAUGAAAAGUAGGUGUAGGAAAAAGUGAUGUUAUUGUUCAAUAAAGGUGCGUAAAUCAGAUCUGAAGUGGUCAAGAAGGAUUUGAAUUAGUGACUUUUUAACCUUGAAAUCAAAAUUACCUACUUAAUCUUUCAAGCCUUUAAGAAGCAUUAUGUUUUUCAUUUUUGUAUCCAAAAAGUGUUUUCAUAUAAAUAGCUGUUUUAUGUGCACAUUUUAUUAUAAAUGCAGUUUGCCUGAAUGUUCAAAAUUCAAUUGUAUAUAUGAAAUAUGAUUAUUGUGUGUAAAAAUCCAACCUUUCUUUUAUUACAUGUCUUAAUGUGACUUAAGGGAUGAGAUGUAAGUGCUUAAAUAUUACUAUUUAAUCACUUGCUUGUGACUUUGAACAGAUUUCAAUCUCUAGAUUUAUAUGUUAUGAUUAAAAUGUACCAAAAAAUAUGAACCGUAUAUGUUGACUUCUGUGGUUGACUUUGUAUUUGGUUUGCACAUAAGGUAUCAUUUGUAUGCUAUUUUAUGCCGUUGUAAAACAACAAACAAACGAGAAAUACAGUGUGUAUCAUGUUAUGUUGCAUUAAGAGUUUUAAAACGCGCCACAGUAUAACGGUAUUCUAUUGUAUUUCCAUGAUGGUAAUUAUACAUGAUUUCUGAAAAAAAAAAUAGAAAUAAAAGUAUCUACUAACAAAUUGACAGUACCAUAUAUUAGGCCAAGAUAAUGUGUUUAAUGUCUUAACAUUUUAUUGAAUGAAUGUAGCAUUAUGCACAGUAUUUGAUAUAUUAAGCUGAGUUUAGAUCACACUCUGUUUCUACAGGGCUAGAUAGUUAUUUAUCUCUGUUUUAAACCUAUACUGAAAAGAGAUUGACUGAAUAAAUUUGCAAAUAAAGUUGUGAAAACACAUUAAUUCGGGAAAGGGGUAAAGUGUUCACCUGUCGUUAUGCAAUAUAGCUGUAUACGAGUAUUAUCAUAAUGAUUUUCAUGAAGUUCAUGUGGGAGGAAAAGGUAGGUCACUUGGUUGUGGUUGGUCUUUAAGUUUAAAUACGUUAAAAUACAUUCAGUUCCAUGUAAUAACAUAGUUACAUAUCUUUGAGAUGAUAAAGAAUGAAGAAAACGGAAGCAUUGUGAUAGUUUCAUCGGCAUAGAACUAUUACUAGUUUAAACAUUUUCGCUAUUUAUUUAACUUGUUUAAAUGUAGACAUAUUUGCUGUUGGAAAUUUCUUUAAAAAUACUUUGAUAUCUGUUUAAAAAAAGUCAAGCCAAACCAGAAUUAUAAAGAUUUUAAUGUUGUUAUUUAUAUUUCACUGUGUUGAUUUCAUUGUUUUGUGUAUAGGGCAAAAAUGUAAUUUUGCAUGUGAUAACAAGCAUAUACAGUACAGUUUGCUAAAUGGAUAUUAUCUAAAAAACUAGAUUGAAAAUAAGUCGUUUAUAAACCGCUCUUUAGUGUACGAAAAAUACUUUGUAAUGUUGCUUAGAUACUUGUAACAGUUUAUAAUGUGCAAUGUACGCCUGUACGAUUUUUUUUCAAAUAAUUGUUUAAUGCAUAGUUCGUUAGAAUAUUGUUUUGAAUAGUACAAAAUAUUUACAACAAUGCGAUUGUCCUAAAAUGCUACCUUAGUAAGAUUGUGUACUUCUGUUAGGGUAUAAUUACAAUUGUUUUGAGUUUAAAUUGAUACGUUUUAUUAUCUUUGUUAUUAUAAGUAGUAUUAUUAUUAUUUUCAUAAAUUGUUAUAUAUGACUUUGAAGUAUUUAAACCGAUUCCCAUUUCUAAUAUGAAGUUGAUAUGCCUUUGGGAAUAUGAUGUCUGCGGUAUACUGUGUAUUAUAUAUUACUGUGUCCUUUCCUUUAAAUGAAUAUCUGUUAAAGGAAAUUACUGUUUCAUUUUUUCUGCACUCUCUUGAUUAUAGUAAGGAAAGUUAAUACAUGCAAUCAUACUUUGAUCCUGAUGAUUUUUCAUUGUUACAAUAAUUCUAGAAGAUCGUAACUACAAUGAGGAUCAGUUUUAAUUCCUUUAUUUACUUCAACGUCUGAGUGUAUGGCCGUUCAAAUCUCAAUGUCUCCACUGGACUGUAUCAUGCAAAUGGCACUAGUUAUAAAUAUAUUAUUUUUAUAUUUUGCAUAUAAUUAAAAUGCACCUGUUGUCAGAUAUUUUGUGCAACCCGUCUGCUAUUAUUUUCCGUUAAAGUUUCUUUUUGUUGUGGGCUUCUUUUGCAAUGCAUGGCUCUCUGGCUGUGUAUGUGGUGCUCUGUGCUUCUGGGUAAUGUACCCUUACCUGUCAUUUUUACAUGACGCAAAUGGUUAAGAGAUUUUUUUUCAGAAGUACGUUUUCCUAAUCUUGAUUUUUGUUUACUUCUUUUGAAUAUUAACGAUAUAUUUCUAGUCAGGUUAUGUUCAUCUGAUAGGGCAACUCUAUUUAUUUCAUAUUUUUUCAUUCAAAAUAAAACAUUUACUACUGUCUUGUUCACUUGAUUUAUAGUAUAUACUUUUAUAGAUAUAGUUCAUUUUAAACGUUUAAAUGUCUUAGCGCAGGAUGUUGUUCAGCAUGUAACCGUUAAAGGACAUAUACGAGUGCGCAAAUAUCGUGGCGUUGGGUGCAAUCAAGGGUUUUCUUGCGAAGAUGUCAAUCAAGGUCUUUGAUCGAGAUUAAUAUCUUUAUAAGAAAACCCGAGAAUUCACCCAACGUCAUGAUAUUUGCGAUAAUGCACGAGAGUAUGUCAUUUAACUGUUUUACCGCAUGGAAACAAUAUUUCUUUUUUAUCAAAGAUUAUAAAGAUUUUUCAUAUACAAGAGUUCUCAACUAGCAGCGCUAAGUUUCAUAUGACCAAUAAACUGUGCCGAUAUAUAUCGCCAUACAUUUCCUGUAUACAUCUCAAUGGGAAAACUAUACUGUUAUAUAUCAUCACAGUUAUUUAUAUAUUGUUAUAAUUUUUCCUGUUAUCGGUUCUGUUCCUGCCUAGGAAGAAUGUUACCAUGUAUAUCGCAAUGAAAUGAUCAAAGGAAAACAGCCACACCAUGCGAUAACAAUAAACAUUCUUCAUGUGUUUGCAAUGAAUGAUUUGCCAUCAUACAGCAGUUCACCUAAUUGUCAAGUAGCAGAAUGACUUUUGUAGAAAAAAUGCCCAACUCGAUAUAAAUAAAAAUGUUGCAGGCUCGAUUUGAUUAAAUUUAUUAUAUAUUUAGGCAGUAUGUUUUGGAUCAAGUGAUAUAUAAUGUGCAAUAAUCUAGCUUCUAGGUUACAGUGUUCCAUUUGUAUUGUUGACCACUAAGAGGGAUUGUAACCUACAUGUUGCGAUACAUUUGUGUCUUUUGAAAUGACAGCUAACUAAGAUUUCAUCCCCCAGAAUAAUGUUUUGAGAAUGUGUUAUCUUGUUGUUUUCACUUGUAGGCAUCAUGUUUAAGCUAUUUGCGAUCGACUUUGUACUUAAAGCAAACAUGUUACACAAUAUUGAACUGAAAAUGAAAAUUGAAAUUGAUAAAGCGCGAACAUUCCAAUUUUAUAUGACUAAAACUUAUUACUUUUAUGGAUAUGCUAACAUAUGUAUUAGAAUAUAGACGAUAUUUAAACUAUGAAAAGGGUAUCCAAUUUCUGUAACUCAGUUCUGUUGAGCUCAUGAUUUUGUCAAGUUUUGUCUGCCAAGCUGUAUUAAAAAAAUCAUGUUUAAUAAAUUGUCAUGUUUACUGAAAGAGUAAGCUCUAAUUUGACAACAGCAUUUUGGCUUUGGUAGAAGUGAUGCUGUUUCCAACUAUAUGUAUCUGAAGUUUAUCGACCAAAUCUGCUGAAAUGUCUGUGUAUCUAUUUAGCCUGUCUAGUAUGCUUAGGCAAUUCAUGUCUUAUUUGAAAUAUAACUUGCAACCCUACAUUUCAAAAAAUGGCUAUUCAUGAGUAAUAUUUAACAUUAUUUAACACUUUAAAGUUUUGUUCAGGAUGUGAAUUAUUGUGCAAGUUAAGGCGUCUACAUAUUAAUCAAUAUUUUUCAUGUUAUGCAUAUUGCACGUUUUGUUUGUGAUAUACUUGAAUUUACAGUUUGCAGACGAGUUUUCCUUAUAAAUAUUUUAUGUACAAGGACAACAUGAAUAGUAUUUUGUUACCCACAUUAUCUGUCAAAAGUAGGAUUUUAUUCUUGUAAUGGCAGAUAAGCAAUUAUAUUAAUACAAUUAAUAGAUAGAAACGACAUUGUUUCCUAGGAUCGAUUGUAUAAUGUGAAAAUGAAUAAAAUAAAUACCAUAAAGCCCGAUAUUUUUGCGAGGUUAAAACUGUGUUUUUUAAUUUGGAAUAAGAAUGUUAAGUAGAAUAUUUGCCAUAAAUGGUAAAUUUGUGAAACAUAUAAAUUAAAGCAUUGUUUAAAUGCUACUUUCAGCGAAUACGGCAAAUUAGCAACAAUUUCAGAUUUAAAUGUACAUAGAAUAGCAAUGCAUGAACUGCGACCUUCAGCGACGUUAGAUAAAUUGCUCAUACGGAUACAUGUGCAAAAACAUGCAUGUUCGUGUUCGCUGCCGUGUUUAAAAUUUUAGUCAAAUUGCUAAAUUAUAUGUCCUGAACACUAUGUUAAGGCCUACGAUGUUUUACAUUAUGUGAAAGAUGAGGCUAAAUGAAAACUGAAGAUACAUCUCAAGUUAUAAGCAGUGAUUUAUGAUACUAAACAGUUCAACGUAAAAUAUAUGUCCAUAAAAGGAAAUGGAAAAUUAUUGGGUUUUACAAAAUAAAAUCUCUUUAGUUUACCUGUACAUUUUGAAUAACAUUUGAGAGGAAUUAUUUACAACUUUAUUAAGUUAAUGUUUUUGUUUUUAUUUGAUUCAGAGCCAUAUUCGUUCGAUUGCUGAUCUCGUGUUUUUAGAUGUAGACUAUAUUGUUAUUUUUUUUAUUUUAUUUAUUUUAAGUUUAUUUUAUUGUUGACUUUAAAACGCUCUAUAUUAUAAGCACUUUUUAAGAAGAGCUUGUGACUGGACUAUAAUAAAACACAAUAAAUGUUA